AUAGGUUAUAUUUUGUUAUUUUUAGAUUUUGGGGGACUAGAAGCUAGAGGAUAAAAAUAAAAAUUUUGAUAAUUAAAUGUUCUAUUUCCAGCGCACAAGUGGCCAUGCAUAUUAAUAGGGCCGUAAAUACAAUAAUCCGGGUCACAAACUUUUAACAAAAAUGUCUCAAAUCAUGUUGAUUAUUGCCGCGGCACAUCUGGUUUAUUGUCCAUUCACAAAAGUUGAGGAGAGUUUUAACUUACAGGCUAUACAUGACAUACUUUAUCAUAAGUGGAACCUCUCUCAGUAUGACCAUCUGGAGUUUCCGGGAGUUGUUCCCAGGACAUUUUUGGGUCCACUCUUUAUCUCCUUCAUUUCUUCACCAUUAGUAUUUCUAUUACAAAUACUUAAUUUGAAUAAAUUUUGGGCUCAAUACAUAGUAAGAGCUACAUUAGCCUGUACUGUUAUACUAAGCUUUAAAAGACUGAGCAAUACUUUAGAAAAACAAUUUGGUUCAAGAUGGUUGCAGUGGUUUAUGGCAAUUACUGUUACACAAAGUCAUUUUAUGUUUUACUUGAGCCGACCUUUACCCAAUAUAAUGGUGAUGCCUUUGGUGCUAUUGGCAUUAGAUGCAUGGCUAAAAAAUGAGAAAAAAAUAUUCAUAUUAUGUUCUGGGGCAUCAAUUAUAAUAUUCAGAUCAGAAUUAGCAUUAUUUUUUGGUAUUCUUCUACUGUAUGACUUAUUCUAUAAGAGAAUUGAUAUCAAAGAAUUAGUUCAAAUAGCAAUUCCAGGAGGUUUAAUUCUGUUAACAUUAACAGUAAUUGUAGAUUCCAUUUUUUGGGGUCGAUUACUAUGGCCAGAGGGAGAAGUAUUAUGGUAUAACACCAUUUUAAAUAAGAGUUCCAAUUGGGGAACUUCGCCAUUUUUAUGGUACUUUUACUCGGCAAUACCUAGAGGUCUUGCAGCAUCAGUGUUCCUAGUUCCGGUGGGCUGUAUUUUGGACCAAAGAGUGAGAAAACUGGUCGGAGUAUCCUUGUCUUUUGUGCUUUUAUACUCUUUUUUACCCCAUAAAGAGUUAAGAUUCAUUAUUUAUGUAUUUCCAUUUUUAAAUGUGGCAGCUGCAUCAGCUUGUCAUCGAAUAUGGGAGAAUAAGGACAAAUCUCCCAUAUACAAUCUUUUAUCGAUGGGUGUUGCGGGUCAUUUGGCAGUAAAUGUUAUGUUCACUCUGUUUUUGCUAAGUGUUUCUGGUACCAACUAUCCAGGAGGUACCGCAAUUUCUCACCUUCAUAGACUGGCAAGGAAUGAACCGCAUGUUCAUGUUCACAUUGCUAAUUUGGCUGCCCAAACUGGAAUAUCGCGAUUUGCACAGUUAAAUUCAUCUUGGAUAUAUGACAAAUCUGAAAACAUAAAAACGACUGACCUACAAAUUUUUAAGUUCACUCACCUAAUAGAAGAAGGAAAAAGUAAAUUUGCCUCUAAUCUAAAAGUUCUCGCUGCCACUCAUGAUAUCAUAGACACAAUUGAAUCGUUUCAUCAAAUUUCGUUUAAUUAUUUAACGAUACCCCCUGUUAAAAUCAAAAUGAAACCUGUUUUGUACUUAUUAAGAAGAAGGGAAAAUUUUAAAGAUAUUUUAGAGAUGCGUGGGGACGAUUUAGAUGCUAUAGAAAAUCCUUUACCAAUGAGUCUUGAAGAUAGUGAGCAUAUUGAGGAAUCUUCAAAUGAUCCUAUAAAGGAAUCAAAUGAAUUGUUUGAAGAGUCUAGUAGUAAAAUGGUUUCUGCAUCAAAAGAAGCAGAUGAAAAGGGGACAAGUGAGGAGGAGUUUGCAAUAAAACCGUCUGCAUUUAUAGAAACAAACGAUAAACCGGUAGAGCCUACAAGUUUACCAGAAAAAGAUCAAAAGGGAAAACUGAGAAAGCAACAAAAACCGAACGAAAACAUGUCCGACGUUCAAAAAACUGUAAGAAAAAGUGAAUUUGAUACUGUAGAAACAAAUAUUCCAUCUGAGGAGCUUAAAUUGGAUUCGAAAUCCAGGAUUUUGCGAAAAAGAGAUUAUCUUAGCAAAGAGGAGGAAUCAAGCAAUGAUAAAGAAAAACCUUCUAAGAGGUAUUUAAACGUUGAAAAACCAGAAAAAGUCUUGAAAAAACCUUUUAUACCCCUUAAUAAAAAGAAACCGACAGAAUCAGAGGAAAAAACUCACUCUGCUCCUAUAGUGCCAAAGAAACCGAAACCCCUACUUAAACUAAAAAAUAAAUCUGAAGCAACUGAUAAAAUAAUAAUAGAUAAUAAAAAGUCUAUUCCAGAAACAAGUCAAACUGAAAACGAAAUAAGCAAAUUACAUGUAAAACAAAACAUAAAGAAAAUUAUUCAAAAAUACAAACGAAAGAAAGUCACAGAAGACGAACGACCAACAGUAACUGUCGAGGAAAAACAUGCAGACAAUAAACCGGCAGACCUGCAAGAUGAAAUAUCAAAAAUCGAACAGCAGAUCAUUGAUAUCAUUGAAAGCAAUCCGAAUAUUAUUAAUAAGGAAUAUAUCAAAGCCAAGUUAGCUAAAACUAUAAAGCAAGAGCUGCUAAAUGCUAUGAGCCCUACUGUUAUUACAGAAACUGCAACGAAAUCUGAAGAAAAGGUUAUUAAAGAAAAAUCUGAAGAAGUCCUUGUAGUUGAUACACCAGAGGACGAAACUGAUGGUGAAACUGAAGUUGGCAGUGCAGUGGACGUAUAUGACGAAACUCCUUCCGUUACAGAUGAAGUUUUAGUGGAUGAUGCGCAAUUGACCGACAUACUUAACCAAAAAAGCAUUGUUAAAAAGUUUAAGAAGAAUACAGAAAAUAUUGAUAAAAUAAUUAAUAUUAUUGAUCAGAUUGUUGAUACUAUUGAAAUUGUUGAUGAUGAUGACAGUGUGGAGGAGUAUAUAAGGUAAAUUUGUUAUUUUUGCUUGUUUAAUUAUACUAUAUUGUUUUUACUUAAA